AUGCUCGUGGAAAUACACGCGGGCACGAUUAUUUCAAAUUCAAACGAAAUACAUCAGUCGUGGCUCUCUCUGAUCGUCGGCGAGCAACUGUUCGGCCGCGGCGCGCUCGAAGUUUCACGCGAGCCAGUGGCGAAACGUUUCUUCCAACGCCUUUACGACGAAACCUUUUACAUUUUCCACAAAGAACCGAACAUAAAGUAUUCAAGAUUGCACAAAAUGUGCGUUGAAUUUGGAUUUAUUCGAUUUGAUGGGGUUGGAGAGGGGGCGCUGAAAUCCUCAAACUCGUAG